AGAACAUAAUAGUGUAGAUGGACCACCAAGGGCAGCGAUGUUCCUAACAGGAGACGAGAGAUCGACUUCUGUUUUUAAUGACUACAAGGGCCCAACCUCACAUACGACGUGUGGAUUGUUUCAAGCCAAAUGCACCUUCUGCGCCCCUGUGACCCUGGGUCGAUCUCUAGUACUGCUUUUACCAUGUGGCGAGUGUUCAGGUGUGUUUUUACUACAGUCAUUUAUUCAUAGUUUUUGUCUCCUUCAUGGCUUUUGUUGUCUAAUUUCACUCAUUUCACCCGGUAGCAAACGAAAUAUAAAGGAACCUCCAAUGUUGAACGCAGUCUGUUCCAGGAUGUUUGUCGACAUCCAAUUUGUCUAUAUUUCAAAGCAGAUUUUCCUGUAACAGUGUAAUCUAAUGAUGUAAAUCAAAAUGUUCCGUUCAGCAAGACAAAUUGGUGACAUCAUGAAAUGUGUAAAGUGUCAAUUGUUGUUUGUAAAACAAAAAAUAAUAAGUUAAUGGCUGUGUAAUAAGACUAAAUAAAGAUCAACUAAAAUAAAAUAUGUGACCCUGAUGAUGUGGCCUAGGUGUAGCACAUAUUGUAUUGAGGAGAGGAGUUUGGGCAAAGGAGUCAACUUCUUGCGUCACACUUAUUAACAUCCAAGUGUAAACAUUUCAAACUUAGCCUCACACUAAACUGAGACGUGUGCCAACUUCAACUUGGGUACAUGUUUUUAAAAGUUUUUUUUUUUUUUCCAUCUCCAAUUUAAACAGCGCCAAAGCAACAUAUUUUUUAGUUAGUUUGUUUUUCACUCAAGCUGGUUUGUGUAUACUGCCCAAAGUCUCACGGGAAACAAACUAAUCAGAAAUCAAGCAGCAUCCUGAAAAGGAUUGCCUUUUCAACUUAGAGGUUCCACAGUUUUUUCUCUUUUCUCACUUAACAAAGCGUUACCAAAGAUGUACUUAUUUUGGUGGUUAAAUACAUGGACCAUUGUGUGUUACGUCUUGAUAACUAAGAACAAUGAACUUUAUACCGAAUGUGGUAUUUGUGUAAUGAACAAAAGCUGUGAGGUUCCAAAUUUAGCUCGCCUUUGUUGUGAAACAGCCAAGUCAUUUCUCGAGAUUCUUCUCCCCUUGACCUUAUGUUCAGAACACGCAGCAGGACAAAGGCAAAGGAGGUAAAUGCUGAACUUAAAAUUCCCACCGCAUAAGUGCUAAGUGAGCUAGUGUCAGAUCACAUCCGAAAUUAUAUAAUUGGUCAGACUAUUGCAGAGUUCAUUAUGCUCUCACGCAACCUUCAUAGUGUAAGCAUUUUCCAAGUUAGUGGUUUAUAUCAGUACAGUACUUCAAGCUUGGGUGGUUUCUGUCAAUGUUUAAUUUCUUCUCUCCUGAGGGGAGGGGUGGGGAGGAUGUUUGCAAAUAGACUACUGCGGUGUGCCCUCCUGAGAGAAGCAUUAAACUGAACGCUGCUCUCAUUAGUUACAGUUGUAGACACCUGCCACUCAGCGGAGACCGAUGCCAGAAUACUUUCAGCUCCUUCGCUUUGCACACUUGUGGAUUGGCUCGGAGUCCGUGACAAAAUGUAAGCUCGCUGGAAUUCACUGUACUACUGGGGACAGUGGCCUUAACUGGAAGAAGCAUCUGCCGUUGAAGGUACUUUAUUGCCCAUACAGCUUUUUUUCUGGAUUUGAGCUAUGAUCAUUAGGUACACCCAUUCAGUCCAACGGGAGCUGUAUGAAACAUUUUCCCCAAAAACACAUGCUCAGUUUUGAAUUAUAGUGCCAGGGAGUUAUUAAUUAGUGCUAGGAAGGUUACUUUCAGAAUGUAUUCCAAUACAGUUACUAGUUACCUGUUCAAAAAUGUAGUUAGUAACGUAAUCCAAGUACCAUAAUAUUAAAGUCAUGUAAAGUAAUGUACUUUUGGAUACUCCAAUCCCAAAUAUGCUAAUAAAGACAAAAUAAAUUAAAUAUCACUACAAUAUAUAUUUAUCUGUUUCUUUUUCUUUUUUCUUGUGAAUGUUAAAUAUGGAUGGUUUUGAAAUGCAGAGGCCAGAGAACCCGGAAUUCAAAUUUGAAAACCUCACAUCUGUGAGGCAGAUGAGCUAACCACUUGUUCACCAUGCUGCAGAAUUGUCAAAAUAUGUAAAGACACAAUAUUUCAUACACUGUACUGGAUCUUGUUAGAUUAGGCAGGUGUACCUAAAGUUGUAGCUGCUGAUUACACUUGCUCACAAUAACCUUCUGUGAUCUUCAACUGCUUGGGAUUUGAAACUACUUUUGCAGCUUGGGAGUUUUUCCAAGUAAGUGAAACAUGGCCAGCACGGCAGUUCAGGUCCUGGGUUUCUUCUUGAGCCUGCUCGGGUUUGUGGGAAGUCUAGUUGCCACUCUGCUCCCACACUGGCGCAGCUCGGCACACGUGGGCCCAAACAUCAUCACGGCCACAGGCUACAUGAAAGGCCUGUGGAUGGAGUGCGUGUGGCACAGCACGGGCAUUUAUCAGUGUGAGGUGUAUAGAUCUCUCCUGGCGCUGCCACAGGACAUGCAGGCUGCCCGUGCACUCAUGGUGCUGUCCUGUGUGACUUCAGUCCUGGCAAUUGCGGUUUCUGUGAUGGGGAUGAAGUGCACCUACUUUGCCCAAGGCUCAUUAAUCAAGUCCCCUCUGGUGAUGAGCGGAGGGAUCUGUUUUCUCUGUGCUGGUUUACUCUGCUUGACCACUGUAUCCUGGACCACCAAUGACAUCAUCGUGGAUUUUUAUGACCCCUUCCUUCCAAGCGCCAUGAAGUACGAGAUUGGGCUAGCGGUGUAUCUCGGUUACGCGUCAGCCUGCCUCAGUUUGUGCGGGGGACUGGUACUGUGCUGGAGUAGCAGCGGCGAGCGGUCGCGGGGGCGACCCCAAAGGCAGAGGAGACCGCCUUCAUCCCCUCCUCCUUAUAUGAACAACACCUACCCCCCGGCUCCCCCAUACAAUCCUCCAGAGGCCCUCAAGGGUAAUCGUGCCCCCUCACUUUGCUCUGUCUCCAGCAGUGGCUACAGACUUAAUAACUAUGUCUAAUGUCCGCGUGGAAGUGCUUGCUUAACACGGGCACGCUUACGCCACUGCACUGAAGGGAAUUAAGAUAUGGUACUCACAGGCAAGUCAACUUUUCCAUUCACACACAGAAACCCAACCCAUUACACUAGAACGUGGCUAAAGUACCACUAGAUGGCGACAUUCAUCAGUAGAUAGAAACAGUGGCGCCAACCAAGGAGGCUGUUAUAACGACCCUGUUAAUGCAGACCAGAUUGUUUUCACUUUUGAAAGUAUUUCUAUUAAAAUACUUUCCGAAAGACAAUGCAACUACAUAAUGCAUAAUUGUGUCAGUUCUAAGAAUACUUUGUAACUAAGUAACGUCGGGAAAAUCACUAAUGUAAAAUGUCUUUUGAUGGUUUAUUUAAACACUUAUGAUAGGACAACAAUAAAAUGUGCUCCUCAAAUGUCA